AGUAGAUGGCAGCUUCUCUGGUCUUGUGGCCUCUCUAACAAACCAAUGGAUAGACUGGCGCGCAGAAAACAGCACAGAGUGAGACCAGAAGUGUGAGCCGAGGGAGCGCAUCGAGUGCUGUGCCAACAGACACUAUACAGACAACGAAGGGGCGAGAAGCGCCGCGCCAGCACCUGGCUGAACUUCACAAAAAGUGAGAACACUUUACCGAGCUAAAAUUUGGAAGGACAUCGACAUAUAACCAACAGAGCGAAGCUACAGGGAAAUCUGGGAAAUUUCGGCUUGAUUGUAAUACAGGAGCUGGAGCCAUGCAGCACUAUGGAGUAAACGGCUAUUCCCUUCAUGCCAUGAAUUCUCUCAGUGCCAUGUACAAUCUCCACCAGCAGGCCGCACAACAGGCCCAACAUGCACCUGAUUACAGACCGUCCGUGCACGCUCUUACUUUGGCAGAAAGACUGGCUGACAUUAUCCUCGAGGCUCGAUAUGGCUCUCAGCACAGGAAACAACGUCGGAGCCGGACUGCCUUUACUGCCCAACAGCUGGAAGCACUUGAGAAGACCUUCCAGAAGACGCACUACCCUGACGUGGUUAUGCGAGAGCGACUGGCAAUGUGCACCAACCUGCCGGAGGCACGCGUCCAGGUAUGGUUCAAAAACCGACGUGCCAAGUUCCGCAAGAAACAAAGAAGUCUACAAAAAGAACAGCUACAGAAACAAAAGGAGGCAGCAGAAGGCACCCCAGAUGAUGGGAAAGGUGAUUUGCCACCUUCGAUGGCAUCUGAGUCUACCAACCCACCUUCAUCCUCUUCCUCAGAGACUGAACGCCCUUCUCACACACUUGCCAGCGAGCUCAGCGUAGAGGUGAAUGUGACCUCCGCUGAGCAGUCUGGUUGCGAAUCUGCUGCAGAAGAACACACGGACAAGGAAGAGGAAUACAAGUUACCAAGAGAAGAACCCAAGUGCGACAAGAGUCCUAUUCCAGGGAAUAAGACUCCACCUUGCAAGCGACUGAGCCCUAAAGCAGAUUCUCCCAUUAAUGUGACCCCCUCAUCCAGUGUUGGCAGCAGUGGGAUGGUACAGAGCCACUCAUACUCCUCCUCUCCUCUCAGUCUGUUCCGGCUACAAGAGCAGUUUCGACAGCAUAUGGUUGCUACCAAUAACUUGGUGCACUACUCUUCCUUCGACAUGGGCACACCCUCUUCAGUGCCCUACCUGGGGAUGAAUGUUAACAUGGCUGCUCCUUUGGGUUCCCUUCACUGUCAGUCUUAUUAUCAAUCUCUUUCCCAUGCUCAGCAAAUGUGGAAUAACCCAAUACUUCAAGCUUCUGGAAGCCUUCCAAGCUUAAACAGCAAGACGACAAGCAUUGAGAAUUUGCGGCUUCGUGCCAAGCAGCACGCCGCCUCACUGGGACUGGACACAUUGCCCAACUGAGUAAGAAGACUGUAAUUGUACUGGAGGAGCCAUGUAAAGAGGACUGAUGGCUCUGACAUUACUUAUGUUGGAGUAACCAUGCGCUUUGCAAUGUAGGCCUCAGCACUGACAGUCUUGCUAGCAUUUCACAGUAAAAUUAUUCUCAAAAGUGGCACUUCUGCAAUUUUGUGCUGAUUUCUAAUUUUACAACAUGGUAGUUACUAGAUCUAAUAUGUUCUUUAUUCAUAUUAGGGAUCCAAUUGAAACAACUAUGCUCUUUGUCCAAAUAAAUGUCAUUCAUUGUUUGCAAUCCUUGCUCCCUCCAUAUCUAGCCUAAUGUAACAACUCAUUUCACGCUGCCAGUGUUUACUAAGGUUCAUUUAGCUACUUGGAUGCCAAAAGUUGCUAAACCCUAGUGCUACUGUAUGUGUUUGUUUUUAUUGUUAUUCUAAACUAGACUUUAUUACAUCUAUAAGUUGGGUGUUUUUUUUUACAUUUGAUAGUGGCUAGAAUUUCAACAUUUAUAAAAGUUGUGGAAUUUUAUGAAUGCAUAUUACAAAUCCAUUAUGUUUUUUUUUUUGGUUUUUUUUGAAUGAUUAAAAAAGGACAAUCUAAAUGUCACCUUUUUCAUGGACACAGAGGUUGUUAGCUGGAUCCUGUAUAUGAAAAUACUGUAAUGCUGGACCUGGCAGUGCAGUGACUGUAUGAAAAGUAUUCAUUGAACAAGACUACAUAAUUACAAGAAAAUGUUUUGUUUACAAUUGCUAUUGCACCAGUUUCUCAAUACCAAGAAAUUCUCGGCUUUGUAAAUAGUCUGUUUUUCGUUUGUUUGUCGUCCUGGACAGUGUGUUUAAAAGUUGGUGUUGCCUUCAUGAAGACUGUGAAGAAGAUAUUUAAUUAUUUUUAAUUUCAAACAUGUACACUUUUAUGUGAAAUUGGAAGACAUUUGAAUUUCAAGGAAUCCACAUAAAGAAAGAAUGAACUACUUUGAAAAAGAAAACUAAGCAGAAAUUCAGCAAAGCAAUUUAAUUCCAAUUCAGCAACUCUUAAGAAAAGUAAAACUGGUAAAGCUGAAACUGAAUGCAAAUGUAUUUGAGGAUGUUAAACUCUGUGAGCACCAACAACCAUGCUACAUGUGUAAAUGUCUAGACAGAUAUAUGACCUGCAAAAAUUAAAGUGUUAGCUAGUAGGGAUGUCAAGGUGAGGAAAGGCAAUCUGAUACCACCAUUAACUAAAGAGUACUGUCAAGGAGACCAUCCACUGUACCCAGCAAAGCAGGGUAUUUCUGAAAUCCACAAAAUCAGUUAAAGAUGAUUAUAAAAACCUCUCAUUUGGUUUGCCUUUUCUAACCACAAAAUUAAUUCUACACUGUACUAUUAUAAACAUUUACUUUUUUUUCAUGGCUACACUGAACAUAUCAUAAUAUUAACAUUCUCAAAAUGGUCUCAUCCCCAAACCUUCUCAAUGCAACUUAAUGUCAUGGGAAGCCAGAGCAUAAGAGUAAAUGAGUUUUGAUUAAAACAGGCCACGCAGUCCAAUAUCGACCCUAAUUCAAAUUCAGAUAGAUUUUGAAGGUCCCCAAAGUACUACUGUCAACCAUGUCGCUCGGUCAUUUACUCCACAUAUCUACAGUUCUCUGAGUUGAGACAAAUGUUCAGUACCACUUGAGUCAAGGUGUCUGUUAAGAGCAGCUAUUAACAGCCUGCAUGUUAUCCAUCAUAUUAUAAGCCAUUUUUACAUGCUAUAAAACAAUAAAAAAAUGGCAAUAAUGUAUUUCAAGAGUCUCAUCAUUUUGAACGAUAAUUUAUUAUUGUUAAUAAAAUAGUUAAUGCAUAAACUAAUAAUAGCUGCUUUGUAAUUGAUACUUGAUCCAAGGUGUGAUCAAAAUUUCUGUUAGCAUGAAAUUUACAUUUAACAAGUUUACAUCUGUGUUUCUGUGUUCCCGUGUUCUUGUUGAAGAAUUCAUAUGAAAGUAAAUGGUGGAAUCCACUGUAUUAAAUUCUAAACAUUUGUAUCAGCAAGUCAAUAAUAAUUUCCUAAAUUAAUGAUAAGGU